UAAGGUUAGAUUGGAUUAAAUUUCGUGAACCUACCAUUUUUCUCCUCCACCUCUCUCUCUCACGGUUCUCCUCCCUCAUCGGUUGUGGUGGUGUCCACCCCUCUCCUUUCUCCUCGAUUCUCCUCCCUCACUAGUAGCAUCCUUCUCUAUUCUUGAUUCUCCUGCUGCACAGAAAGUCAGAUCCCACAUGUUGGCUUGAUGGGCUUCACAUGUAGGGAAGAUUAAGCCACGUCGUUUUCAACUUCAUUUGGUUUAGAUGGGUGUUGUGUUGAAGAAGACGAACAGUUUUAAGUUGAAAUCGGAAAAAUAUUUCAUUUGCAUGAAAAUUAUUGUCUGCUUAUUUGGUUGCUUAGAAAAUAAAUGAAAAUAUUUAAUUGAUAAAAUUGAAAUUUGUUC